AUGUCUUCCACCAAUGGGACCAGGAUACGACACUUCUUCCUCCUCGGGUUUGCGGGCCUUCCGCCAAAGUACUACGCCCCGUUGUCCGUCUUGCUUCUUGUCGUCUUCCUGGCCAUAGCAGGCGGGAACACGUUCAUUAUAAUCCUCGUUAAGAUGGACCGGCUCCUGCACAAACCCACGUAUUUGAUCUUCUGCCACCUGGCGUUGACCGACUUGGCCUUCGGCGCCGUGACCCUGCCGAGGAUCAUCUGGAAGUACUGGGUGGGGGACAGCCUCAUUUCCUUCCCCGCCUGCUUCGUUCAGAUGUACUUUGUGCACUUCCUGGGCGCCACGCACUCCUUCAUCUUGAUGGUGAUGGCUCUGGAUCGCCUCCUGGCUGUCUGCCUGCCCUUGCGUUACGUCGCCGUCUUCACCAACACCACCGUGACCGUGCUGUGCGGCGCCUCCUGGUUGAUGCCCAUCGUCUGGAUGGUGAGCCUGGUGCUGGAUGCCCUGACGCUGCCGUACUGCGGGUCCAAUGUGAUCGUGCAGUGCUACUGCGACCACAUCGGCAUCAUGGCGCUGAGUUGCGAGGAGACGCAGGAGGUGGAGGCGGUGGCCUUCGGUCUGGCCAUGUUCAGCCUGCUCUUCCCUUUAACGUUCGUCAUCGCGUCCUACUUGGUCAUCAUCGUGACCGUGAUGAGGGUAUGCAGCCCCAACAGCCGCAUGAAGGCGCUGUCCACGUGCACGCCACAGCUGCUGACCACGUGCCUCUACUACACGCCCAGGUGCUUCGUGUACAUGGCCAACAACGUGGGCUUCACCUUCAGCGUGCCCCUCCGCAUCACGGUCAUCAUGACGUACAGUCUGUUGCCCGCCGCCGUCAACCCGCUCAUCUACUGCUUCAAAACGCAGCACAUUAAGGAGACUCUGAAAAAGAAGUUCUGUAGUAGCAAAAUAAGAGCAUGA